AUGGCAAGAUGGAGGCUGAAGGAUUCCUCGAGCCCAGGAGUUCUGAGCCAGCCUGGGGCAACAUGUGUGUCCCUGUGGGGCUACCGGGUGGCCCAGGGCUUUGUUUUUGCCAUCGAGGAGAUCAACAGGAGCGUCCACCUGCUGCCCAACCUGACCCUGGGCUUCUCCAUCCGCAACUCUGGGGACUCGGUGCACGGAGCCCUGUUGGAGACGCUGAGCUUUCUCACCGGGCAGGAGGAGCCCAUCCCCAACUAUGCCUGUGGACUCAGCCUGCCCUGGGUGGCCGUGGUGGGGGAUACGCGGUCAGUCCUGACGAUCUCCAUGGCCAGGCUGCUGGGGCUCUCCAGGUUUCCCCAGGUCAGUUAUUCAUCCACACUGCCCAUCCUCAGCGACAAGACCCAGUUCCCAUCCUCCCUUCGGACCCUGGCCAGUGACCCCACAUCCUCCUAUGCGGUGACCCAGCUGGUGCUCCCCUUUCGAUGGACCUGGGUGGACAUUCUGGCCCAGGAUGAUGACUUUGGGCAGCAGGCCAGCUCUCUGGCUGCCCAGGAGCUGAGCCAGGCUGGCGUCUGCAUUGAGGUCCAGCUCUACGUCCCUUCCCAGCAGUCCCUGGAGAAGACAGCCACCAUUGUCCAGAGGAUGCAAGUAGUUCUGGUUUUCCUGAGCAACUCAAAUUUCCUGCUCAUCUUGCAGGGGCUGCUGGGUCUUCGGGUCUCGGGCCAAGUCUGGGUCAGCAAGGGCACUCUGCACCUGGCCAUGGCCCUCAAUGUGCCGGGCGUCUCCCAGGUCUUGCAGGGCUCCUUCGGCCUCAUGUUUCACAGCAGCCGGGUGCCUGGCUUCCCCGAGUUCUUGGCUCACCUGCACCCCAGCUGGACCCCAGAGGACAUGUUCAUACAGAGGUUCUGGGAGGACACUUUUGGGUGCACGUGGCCCCACAAGAAUGGCACAGUGGCAAGGGUUGUCCGGCUCUGCUCAGGGAACGAAAGUCUGCGAAGCCAGGAGUAUUCUUUCUGGAAAGUGAGUAAAGCGGACACCGCAUACACGGCCGUCUACAGCAUCGCCCAUGCCCUGCAGGACCUGGUGGCCUGUGAGCCCUGGGAUGGGACGUGUGCAGACUCUGGGCACUUCCUGCCCUGGCAGGUGAGAGGGAGGGGUGGAGGCUGGGGCGCUCACUGUGCCAAGCUACAGAGGCCGAGCAGAAUCCACGCUGCCCAGCUCAAUGCCUGUGGUCUGCAUCCUAGCAGGAGCACUGGACAGGGUGCCAGAGUCCCUGCUGUCACCCUGCUGCAGGUGAGGCACAUCACUGUGGGGUUGCUCCCUUUAGCAGACACAGGAUCCCAGUGGAGCACAUGUCUGCCUGAUGCCUUCAAUGAGGCCCAGUCCCUGACCUUCAGCAUGCUGCUGCUCUGCAGGGUCUGGAUAGCCUUGCCCCUGUACCACAGUGCCCGGGGCAAGUCCACUGUGGCCGUGGAGACCUUCUCCAUCCUGGCCUCCACUUCAGGGCUUCUGGGGGGAGUCUUCAUCCCCAAGUGCUACUUCAUCUUGCUGAGGCCUGAGCAGAACACCCUGGCCUGGCUGAGGCAAGGGCACGGGGCUCAGCGGGAAAGGCAGGGUCAGUGUCGUGAGCUGAAAACGCAAAACAGCUCCGCCCGGGAUCGAACCCGCGGCCCACCGCCGAGGAGCUCCGCGCACCGGCGCCGCGGAGGUGGGCGCUCCCCUGGGCUGGCCCCGCCCCGAGGCCCCGCCCACCGCCGGGGGCGCUGCGACUGCGGAGCCUGGAGCCGGGGGCUGGGCGCCGAGCGCUCUCUGGCUGGAGGCGGAGAUGGACGGCCCCUCCCGGAAGGCGGCGGCCCGCACCGCGACGCCUUCUGGGAAACGUAG